UUAUUAAAUUAUUUUAUGUAAAUCAAAAUAUUUUAAUAAAAAAAUGCAUCACACAUUUAUUAUCAUUAUAUGUAUAUCUGUAUUAUCGAUGGCAUACUUGGUAAACGGUAAACAAGGAGCUGUGUAUGGCGUAAAAGGGGGUGGACAGGGAGGUCAUCAUCGAGAGGUUCAGCCGUUGCCAGGUUUCAGUUUGGGAUAUAGAUUAGGUAAUAAAUUUGCCGAAAAAAUGCGACAGGCUAAAUUGGCUAAUAAGCAAAUUGUGGGCAACGUUAGUGAUGUUGAUAAUGAUAAUAAUAAUAAUGAUAAAAUUACUACAAAUAUGGACAACAAUAUUAUGUUGAUAUCAUCACCAAUCAAACCGGUCAAUGGAGGCAUUCAAUAAAUUAUUAUUUUGAUAUUAUUUAUAAAUAAUAAUUUUUAUUAUUUUGAAUUAAACUUAUCCAAAUCAAUA